GCUGACUUGUCGGUUUUGUUUUGGAAGUUGACAGGCACGUGAGCUGCUGCGUCAUCAGCGGAGGGAGCAGACGACAUGGCGGCGGAUCGUGUCCAGGUCAUAUUUGAACAUGAAGGAGUCUUCAUUCACCCGAGCAGUGAUGAGGACGGCAUCGAGCAGGACCUGCUGGUUUCAGGGUCACUACGGAUGGUUGACAAGGAUGCUGAGAUCGUCGUGGAGUACAAACCUCUGGAAGAUACCGUGGACCCGUCCAACAUGCUGUGUGCUGGAAAGGACUCCAGCUCGGUGAUGGAGUGGGAUCAGUGUUCAGGUGUGAGGAGCCAUCAGCUGUUAGAGACACAGCAGAGCUACGAGACAGAGUGGGACAUGGUGAACGCUGUGACCUUCAAGAAGAAGACCUGCACCAACGGAGAGAGCUCUCUGAACCACAGCCAUGAGAGGAGCAGGUGGGCGUUCAGCUUCAGCCUCAGUGACCUGAGGUCUAUCACAGUGAAGGAGGAGGGUUGGACCUUUGUGGUCUUCAAGCUGAAGGAGUCGUCCACGUCUCUGCCCACUCUGCACUUCCACCAGGGAGGCAGCACCGAGUUCCUGGACAGCCUGAGGAGGUUCGCUCUGCUCAGCGAGGAUCCAGAUGAUGGAUCAUGUCUGUUGGUCAGCACACCGAACAAAGCUCUGUCUCAGUCCUUUGAGAACCUUCUGGAUGACAACAACUUCGGCAUCAUGCAUCAGAAAUUAAGGAAGGACCCGUACGUCACCACGCUGGGUGGCUUCUCCAAAGUCACCAACUACAUCUUCGAUGCUUUCCGGGGGACGGAGGAGCAGCACCAGCGGCCCCCGGAGGAAGUGGCCGACCUGCUGGGUGAAGUUAUCCCGGGUCUGGAGAUCAACCAGCAGGAGGAGCCCGGCUUCGAGGUCAUCACGAGGGUGGACCUGGGGACGAGGCCUCAGGUGGCGAGGAGGGAGCCGCUGUCAGCCGAGGACUGGACCAGACACCAGGAUGGAGAGGGGAGGAUGAUCAACAUCCCGCAGCUCAAACAGGUCAUCUUUAAAGGGGGACUCUGUCACGCUGUGAGGAAAGACGCCUGGAAGUUCCUGUUGGGAUAUUUUCCAUGGGACAGCACGCUGGAGGAGAGGAAGGUUCUCCAGAGAACCAAGACUGAUGAAUACUUCAGGAUGAAGCUGCAGUGGAAGUCUGUCAGCGAGGAACAAGAGAAGAGGAACUCCAGACUGAGAGACUACCGGAGUCUGAUCGAGAAAGACGUGAACCGAACAGACAGAACCAACAGGUUUUAUGAAGGCAUUGACAAUCCGGGUCUGGUCCUGCUUCACGACAUUCUGAUGACAUACUGCAUGUACGACUUCGACCUUGGUUACGUUCAGGGGAUGAGCGACCUGCUGUCUCCAAUCCUCUACGUGAUGGAGAACGAGGUGGAGGCCUUCUGGUGUUUUGUCUCCUUCAUGGAUCAGAUGCAUCAUAACUUUGAGGAGCAGAUGCAGGGCAUGAAGACUCAGCUGAUCCAGCUCAGUACCCUGCUCAGACUGCUGGACUCAGCCUUCUGGAACUACCUCGAGUCUCAGGAUUCUGGUUAUCUGUAUUUCUGCUUCCGAUGGCUGUUGAUCAGGUUCAAGAGAGAACUCAGCUUCCAGGACGUCCUCCGACUCUGGGAGGUAAUGUGGACCGGUCUUCCUGUAGAACUUCCACUGCUGGUCUGCUGCGCCAUCCUGGACUCAGAGAAACCAGAAGAUCAUGGAGGAGAACUACGGCUUCAAUGAAUACUUAAGCACAUCAACGAGCUCUCGAUGAAACUAAACAUUGAAGAAAUUCUUCAGAAAGCCGAAGGGAUCAGCGUCCAGAUCAGGAGCUGUAAGGAAUUACCGCGGUCCAUUGGGGUGAUAUUGGGCUUCAGCUCUGAGGAUUCUGGUUCUGACCCGGCGGACUGUGGACCUGCUCCAGCUCACAGACUGGCUCACAGACCGGACGCCUGCUCCAAUGGACACUUGAGAGAAAGCUGCUCUCAGAACAGCUGCAAAGUGGCCUUCAUAUCGUAGUGAACAGCAGAGACUGACCCCGAGUCAGCAGGGCGCCGUGUCGCCAUGACGACGGAGAGGAAGAGGAAGAUGUAAAAAAGGAUUUGAGAUUAUUGAGAAUCUUAUUUUUGUAAUUUCUUGUAUCAUAUCGUCAUUCCUUCUGUCUGCUAACGACGUCUCUAAAGCUCCGCUCAGACAGGAAGUACGUCACAGGACUGACAUCACUUCCUGUGGAUGUCAUCCAGAAUAAAUCCAGGGAUCCAAUCAGAGAACAGAUGAGUUCUAAAGAGAACAUCAGAACCUUCAGUCGUUUUCCUGUUUCCUGUUGUCUGAUUGGUUCUUAGACAUGUCAGCAUGUUAGCAUCAAUCAGUGUCCUGUGUGAACGGAGCUUCAGACGUGUUGUGACAUGCUGAGGUCCAUCAGAACCAGAUCAGAAUUGGUUCAGGUCCACAUCAGGUCCAACACAAGCUUUUAAUGAAGCUUUCGAUAGUUUCCGAUUUUAAAUGAACGCCGCUCGCUGCUCGCCACCGCAUCACAGAUCAAACUCCUCCACUCAGUAUUAAUCUGAUCUGAGGUCAGCCACUCCACCUUAACCGGGUUAAACUGGACCAUGACGAGUCCACAGCAACGUGUGCACAACAUGUUGCAUGAACAGAACCACGUUCAUGAGAACGUUCUUUAAAUGUUUUUACAGCGUCGGUUCUGUCUGUUCUGGAUCAGGUUUGAUCCAGAUAGAGUUCAGAUCAGAACAUGACGCACACCUCCUCCACAUGUCACAUGACUCUGACAGGAAACAUGCUAAGAACAUCACAGCUGAGCGGUACCCGUGGUUACAGUAGCAACCCGUCAUGUUUCUGUGGCUGCUUCAAAAUAAAAGUCCGAUGAAGAGUUUUACUAUGAAACAGCAGGAAGUUUUGUGUUAGCAUUAGCGGUGAGCUUAUGAGUGAACAGUGAGACUCACCACCAACAAAUAUAUAAAGAGAGAGAGAGAACCCUUUAUUAAAUUUAUGAUGAAGAACACAAACUUUAUUUAAACGUUCCUUUAACUCAAAUCAAACGUUCUCACUGCAGCUUCAGUCCAACGCGUCCAAACAAACGUGUUUAAUUAUGAAUAAAGACUUGUCGGACUCAAAGUGUUGCCACUCGCAGCUUUACUGGUUUCAUCCUGAUGGAUCCGUCUUGUUGGUGCUGUUUGUGAUUUCGGCUCUUUUCAUGUGAUUGAUUCAUUUUUUGGCAAUAAAACUAUUUCAGGAA